UAGGGUUUUUUUGGUAUAUCCUAUACUAUUAUACACGUACAUACACACACGAACAGCAUCUUCUUCGAAUACAUACCUCUUGUGAUAACUCUACGAUAGAAGAAACGAUACCCCGCGAUUCAUACCAAGAACGAAAUGGCUGACGUAACACCCGCUGUCGCUGCGCCGGCGGAGACACAGACUGAGGGCGCUGAGCACACCUACAAGUUCAACGUCAGCAUGUCGUGUGGUGGGUGCUCUGGAGCUGUGAACCGCGUGCUGGGGAAGCUGGAUGGUGUAAAAUCCUACGACGUCUCCCUCGACACCCAAACCGCCACCGUCAUCGCCUCCCCCACCCUCGAGUACGACACCGUCCUCCGCGCAAUCGCCAAGACAGGGAAGAAAGUCAACAGCGGCGAGGCAGACGGAGAGAGCAGGAGCGUCGAGGUCGUUGCUUAGAUUCUGCGAACGGCGGGAUAACGGGGGGGGGGGGGAAUGGGCGU